AUUCAAACUUUUAUGUCAACGAGAAUUUUGACAACGGUAGGAAAGGUGUGCAAACGGCCUUAACUUCUUACCUUAAAGUGCAGUUAACAAACAAUGUUUGAGUUUCAUCCAAGUUGGAGAAAAAUGGAUUCCGAUGAAGCCGUAGUGAAAAAGUUGAGAAAUGAUUUUCCGGAUCAGUUUACCUCUCUUGUAAAGAUGCAUCUUUCGUUUUGUUUGGACCAGUCUACCGACGAAGUGGAUUGUUUGACUCCAAGUAAGACAUCGGACAAGAAGUCUGUCACAAGCAACAAAAAGACACGCAUUCCAAAGCAGACAUGCAACAGUGAAGGAAUUAAAUAUGCUUCACAGAUCAACCAACUUAUAGAUUAUUUAUCAAAACCUUCAAGUUUAGUUCAAGAAGGCCUGUUUCGAAGAAAUGGAAAAGUCAAGCAACAACAAGAACUCAUGAACCUUGUAAAGGAGAAACAAGUUUCUGAAAUUACAGCACUGCUAGAAUCAAAUGAAUACUCUGUGCAUGAAGUUGCUACUGUAUUGAAAAAUUUGUUAGCUGAAAUGCCAGAGCCAUUGUUGAUAGAAAGUUAUUAUCCUCUUCAUUGCUGCCUUGCUAAAUUGAAUCAUCAAGAAAGACAGAUUAAAGGCUGUCAAUUGCUUGUCCUUCUUUUGCCAAACGAGAAUGCUGAAAUUCUUCGUCGACUUCUAAACAUGUUGCAUGAGGUUUCUUUACAUAAAGAAACAAACAAAAUGAAUGCGAUGAAUCUCGGUAUCGUACUUGCCCCACACAUCUUAUGCCCGCGAAAAAUGUCGGCAGAAGAUUUGACAACAAAUGCAUCAUCAUUGGCUCACAUAGUUUCGUUUAUGAUCGAAACCACCAAGGUGUUAUUUGAUUUGCCCCCUGAAUUUGUAUCUGACGUUCGUCUCCAUUUUAAACGUGACAACGAAGAAGAUUCUUCAAGUACAUCAUCCACUCCACCCGUCAAAACCACCAUUACCUUCGUAGACAGGGAAAUGACUGCCAAAGUUGUUGCAGAGGUAGGACUCGAUCCAACCGAAGCAGCCUUAGCUGAAUUGUACGCAUAUGUUCAAUCGCAACCAGAAUCUGAGGUCAAGAAAAAGUGGGUCCAUAAGUUCAACAAAGAAAACGGUUGUGGUACACCUAAGGUGAUAUUGAAUUCCAGCAUCAGUGACGCCUGUGCCAAGAAUUGCAAGAAUUUGUCACAGUCUAUACGAAAACACCUCUUCAACGGAACUGGGGUGACUCCGAAAAGAAGGCGCUCAAAAUCCUCCAGCCGUGCUCAUGCGCUUUGUUACUCCGGAGAAACUUCGCCACCUCUUCCGGAUUCUUUAGUUUCGAGUGAUGAGUGUAAAUCACCUAGCAUAAAGUCUGGUCGACUUCAUCACGUCAGCAGUCGCCGGAGCUUGCUUGAAUCAACUCCCACAUCAUCGGAUUACAUUCGACAUCCGGCCUUUACCAAACCCCCUAGGAACGUCGCUUCAAACCCGUUGUCAGCUUUACAUUCAGAUUUGACCAAAGAGAGCAAUAUUCAUCAAGACCAGGUUAUUUCUCCAUUGACGCAAUCGGCUCAGCGUUUCCCUUUUUACGUUAGGGAUUCCAUCAUGACUCCGCGUUGCCGAAAGCCGGUCUUCACCUUCUCUCCAAUUGAUGAGCCCGCCGACGAUCUAGUACCCAAUUCGGAUUCCCUUCAAUUAGCCAACAUGAAUAACCUAAUUCACCCACCGCCAUCCGUCCAUGAAACCAAUAAAGCGGCCGAAGAACCAUCAUGUUCGUCAUCGUCAUCAUCAUCAUCUGAUAAAGAGAAUUCGGAUGUAGAGGAGGAUUCUGACAUUAGUCUGACAGUUGAUUCGGAAUCGUCUAUCCUAUCAGGAUGUGCCCUUAUCCAGGAAAGCACAGGACCCUUGACAUCUCCAUUUAAGAAGUAUCUAAUGAAUCGAGAAAUACAGGUCUUUGACGAAUCUGGGCAAGAACAGGAAGUGCAGGAAGAAAUAUCAACAACUGAUCCGUCUCUCUCGAGCUCCAAUCAAGCAAUCUCCGAGUCUCUCCUUGAAUUCUUGGAUGGAAACGGACAAGAAACUGACAGUUAUCCUUAUUCUUCUCCGUCUCGACCGUCUCCACCCCUGACUAAGAGUAUUUUAUUUGAAACAUCUCUCUGAAGAACAAACUUCAUUAUUUUUUUAAAUUUUCCUAUUUAGAUACACCCGAAUAUUAAAUUCUUCAUAUGCCUGUCCUUUUAUUGAAAUAUCAACAAUUAACAGUGUCUGAUUAACCAGAAGAAGUGAUUGAUUACUUUUUAA